AUGGAGCCUGAAUUUCUUAAUUUUAUGUCAAGAGAUUUUAGUCGACUACUCGAAAGAGCCGACAAUUUUGAUGUUGUUGUUGAAAUAGGUGUUGAAUCAAAUAAAAAAAUCUUUAGUGCUCAUUCCGUAAUCCUUCGUGCUAGAUCUAGCUAUUUUGAUCGAGCACUGUCCGCUGAUUGGGCAAGCGUUGAAAAGGGCAUGAUUAAAUUUAAGAAAGAUAAUAUUUCGCCAAAUGUUUUUUCGGUCAUUUUAAACUAUCUUUACGGUGCCACAAUCCCUCUUGACCAACAAUGUGCUUCGCUAAUUCUCGAGAUACUAAUUGCAGCAGACGAAUUCAGCCUGGAUGAAUUGUUUGAUCAUAUUCAAAAAUAUUUGAUUGAUAAUAAAAAAGCAUGGCUGCAACAAAAUUUUGCCUAUACUCGUCGUAUUGCUUUCGAACAUAGCUCUUUCAGCCAACUUCAAACUUUUUGUAUGGAUAUUAUUCUCAAAGAACCCGAAAAAGUAUUUCGAUCCGAAGAUUUUGCAUUUCUUCAAGAAGAAAUACUAUUACGACUUUUAGAAAAUGAAGAACUUCGCAUGGAAGAACUCGAUAUUUGGAAUUUAGUAAUUGAUUGGGGACGCGCACAUAAUCCGGAUUUACCCGACGAUGUUGCAGAAUGGAGUGAUGAGCAAUCUGAGGCCAUAAAAAACACGCUUACUCGAGCUUUGCCGUUUAUUCGUUAUUUUGAAAUUUCGUCAGAGCAAUUCAGUGAAUUUGUUUUACCUUAUCAACAGAUACUCCCAAACCAUUUAGCUCGUAGUAUUCUCCGUUAUCACUUAGCUCCAAAUCAAUCUCCUGCAAUGAAUAUUAUGCCAGCACGACGAGGAAAUAUCGAUUCAAAAAUUAUCUCUUCUAAACAAGCAGCCCUUAUCGCGAGUUGGAUUGAUCGAAAUCGUGAAUUACCGGCUUUCGGAUGGCGUCCUUACUUUGCAUCUGAAAAUCCUUAUGAAUUCAAACUUUUGAUGAGAGGCAGUCAAGAUGGGUUUACUGGUCAAGUUUUUCACACUCGCUGUGAUAACACAGGAGCAACAGUUACAAUAGCCAAAGUUAAAGAUACCCAUGAAAUACUUGGUGGUUAUAACCCUUUGAAUUGGCUUUGUGAUGGAAAGUAUCAAUCUACAACAGAUAGUUUUAUUCUCUCGCUUGUUGACAGAAACGCAGUCGUUAGUCGCGUAAAGAAUGGAAAUCAGGAUAAUGCUAUUUAUUGCUGCGCCACUAAUGGACCUCGUUUCGGUUCUGAUCUUUCUUUCGAGGGGGAUUUUAAGAAUCAGGAAUCGAGUUACUGCGUUCAAACUGUUAAUAAUUAUGAACUUUCCUUAAGACCAACCGCGAGCUUGAAAAAUUUUUCAGUAGAUGAGUUUGAAGUCUUUCAUAUUGCCAAAAAGCAGCAAACAGCUAAUUAG